GACACUGACACUGACGGUGACGGUAGUAAAUUAGGUAUAUUUUUAGAAGUUAGUGUUUGAGUGAAAAAAACUACUAAAAACCAUAAUAAUUACAUUGUCUUUAACAUAAUAUGGAUAAUAGAAAGUUAUAAUGACUUCCCAAUAUAAAAAAUUUACAAAGCUCCUUGUAAAGUGGCCUGUGGAUGCGUCGAAAGGGGAAAGAGAUCUUGGCAAAUUCAUCCGUAGCAAAGUAAAAGCUGCUUUCGAAUCAACUGACAAAGUGAAUUUAGACUCUGAAUUCUGCAACCAGCAAUACAACGCAUUGAACAAAUUAGCUGACAAUAACUAUAGGAAUAAAUAUAAAAGAACUCUUCACAGCACUGCUACUGGUUUAAGCACAGAAGAGUGUCAGCUCAUACUUUCCACUGAAGUGUUAGACUAUUUGAAAGAAGAGAACAAAGUGUCUUUACAACGAAACAUCCAUACAAAUCCAUACAAAGAUCAUACACCUGUUAUGUUAAAUGAAGUCAUCAAAUAUUUGAAACCAAGUAAUGGUGAGCUGUAUUUAGAUAUGACGUUCGGAGCAGGUGGUCAUUCUCGCAAGAUACUUGAGUCAGCAAACUGCCGUUUGCUAACCCUUGACAGAGAUCCUAUUGCCUAUGAAAAGGCUAAAAAGCUAGCCGAGGAAUUUCCCAAUAGAGUUACACCUUUGCUGGGUAGAUUUAGUGAAUUACCCUCACUUUUAAAAAGCAUUGAUGUUAAUCAAUCAUCGAUAGAUGGGAUAUUAUUUGAUUUUGGUUGUUCUUCUAUGCAGUUAGAUACGGGUGAAAGAGGUUUUUCGAUAAGCAAAAAUGGCUACUUAGACAUGAGAAUGGAUGCAGGUCGUGAUCCAAACCAAAUAACCGCCAGGGAAGUGUUAGCGACAGCCAAUGAACACGAGCUGUACAAGAUAUUUAAAAUAUACGGCGAGGAAAAGAAGGCAGCCAAAAUUGCACAAACAAUUAUACAAGCUAGAUAUAUGAUUAAAAAUAUAGACACAACACGUGAAUUAGUUGACGUUGUUGAUUCAUGUUGCCCUGACGAGUUUAGAUUAGACAAAUUACAACGACCACAAUCAAAUGCUACAAAAGUGUUUCAAGCUUUACGAAUUUUCGUAAACAAUGAAUUGAACGAAAUAAACUAUGGAAUGGUGUUAGCAAAGUAUUAUUUAAAAUUGAAUGGGCGUCUUUUGACGGUUUGUUUUCAUUCUUUAGAAGAUACUAUUGUUAAAAGGCAUAUAGCAGGAAACAUCAUCAAUGAAACAGCAAACCCUGUUCCGUUAAGAUAUUUGAGUCCAACUUUAGUCCAGGAUCAAGAAACGAUAAAUCAGUUUUUAGAUUCCCCAUGGAAACCUAUUAAUAAACAUGUGGAGGUUCCGUCAGAUGAAGAAGUAGAAAGGAACCCCAGAAGUCGAAGUGCUCGGUUAAGAGCUGCAAUUAAAAUAAAAUAGCUGAUCUAUCAUGAUAACUUUUUUUAAAUGAAGUUUUAGGAAAAAUGAUUGCCAUGUUAAGUUUUUUUUUUGUUGAAUUAAUUGUAAAUUUCAAUGUAGAUAUAGAUAGACAGUAAAUAAAUUAUUAUACAGAA